AUGUUUGACGUCGUCAUUGUUGGAGCAGGUCUCAGCGGCCUUCAGGCUGCCUAUUCCGCCCAACAAGCCGGGCUUUCAGUCGCAGUCGUCGAAGCUCGAGAUCGUGUGGGCGGCAAAACGUGGAGCGUGCCGCUGGCCUCUGGACGAGGCGUCGCUGAUCUGGGUGCUGCCUGGAUAAACGAGAAUACGCAAAGUCGUAUGGCGGAAUAUGUCAAGAAAUUCAAACUACCGACAGUAUCGCAGAGACUCAAAGGUACUGCCGUCAUGCAGCUGGCCGACAGCAGUAGGGUCGAGUUUCCGUUCGGCAUUAUACCCGAGUUUUCUGUUGAGGAAAAGGAGAACCUCGAGAAGAUUCGCGACCAUAUCCAAGCCGUCUCUUUGAAGCGCGAAGCUCCUAGGAGAGAGGACGACGGGGUAUCUCUUGACCAAUAUGUGCGAAGUCUUGGUGCUCUUCCAAAGACGGUGGAGAUGAUCAACCUAUGGGCUAGAGUGAUGCAUGGAGUUGAUUCCAGCCAAGAGUCAGCAGCUUUCUUCAUUGACUAUUGCCGACGCAAUGGGGGCCUAUUCUCAAUUCGUGCUGAUGAUCAGACGGGUGGCAACUAUCAGCGCUUUCACGGCGGCACGCAACAGAUCGCAAAUGGCAUUGCCAACUUCAUCGGAGAAAGCAACAUCCAUCUUUCGGCCCCUGUCGCUGCAAUUGAGAAUCAUCAAACCCACGUUGUUGUCAUCACGUCUAGAAACCAGCGUUUCUUAGGAAGAAAGGCCAUCAUCUCUGUGCCAAGCGCUAUGCUUCGCGAUCUCAACAUCUCACCAUUAUUGCCUCAAAGGGUCCGAGAGGUCACCGACUCGUCAAAGCUUGGACACUACAACAAAGCGAUCUUGCACUAUGACAGACCUUGGUGGAGAGAUCUUGGAUUCAAUGGUUUCUUCAUGAGCUACAAGGGACCUGUCUGUGUAGCACGCGACACCAGUGUCGACGAGACCCAGAGCUUUGCUCUCACCUGUUUCGUCAACGGCAAAUUUGGGGAAGAUUGGUCAAAGCUGUACCCCCACGAGCGUCGUCAACUUGUUAUAAAGCAGGUAGCCGAGGUUUUCAACGUCGACGUUGACUCGGAAGCGUUUCGUCCUAUCGAAGUCUUUGAUCAGAUAUGGAAGCACGAGCAGUUCAGCCAGGGAGCGCUUGCACCCAUCACUGAGAUUGGCCACUUCACAGAGUACGCUGAUGUGUACGGAAAACCGGUUGGCAAUCUUCAUUUCGUUGGCACAGAGUACUCGACCGAGUGGAAGGGUUACAUGGAAGGGGCGCUAUGUUCAGGGGAGCAAGGAGCCAAGGAGGUUCUUGAGGCCCUCCAACGUACGCCUCGGGCAAGUCUUUGA